GAAUUUAUUUUACAAAAUGGUCGUCAUUGAAAGAAUUGGUGGUAUUUGGCUGUAAUCAAGUGCAGAUACUUGCUUCAGAACUUCUAAGUUAUCAGAGAACAUGCAGAGAGAACCAACUUGAAAAUCAUAAUCAGUGCCCUCUAUUCUUGAUCAACAAGGCUACCUUCCCCAGUCUAGAAGAACUAAUAUAUAGUGGAGAGGAAUAAGAGCAUGAAGGAGAUAUGGCAUGGUGAUGAUGUGAAGGAUGGCAUUGUUUUCACCAAACUUGUGUCUCUGCAACUUAAAGUUCUUCCAAAACUAGAAAGCUCCUGCUCAGGAAAUUGCAACUUUGAAUUUCCAUCUUUGGCAGAUGUAAUCGUGAUGGAGUGUCCAAGUAUAUGGACUUUCUCUAAGGGAGAAAGUGGUGAUGACGUUGAAGAAGACUGGUUUGAUGCUUUGCAUAAAUUGGGUGUGAUUAAUCCUUUAAGAGUGAUCUAUAGAGAAGAUUCUUGGGGUUUAUAUUGUAAAGGGAGUGGUGAUGACGCUGAAGAAGACUGGUCUGAUGCUUUGCAUAAGCUAUUCGAUUAGGAUGAUGUUUCCGAGGAGAGUGGAUUCUCUGAUGCCAUCAACUUGUCUGAUAUAUUAGAUACAUCUUUUAUACAAGUUGCUAUAUAUAUAUAUAUAUAUAUAUAUACAUUGAUGAUACUUUCUUCCUUGUAGGUUGUAUGGUGCACUCCUAAUUAAGCUGGAUUUCAACG